UCUUGCUGUAAGUUUCUACUUCCCACUGGAUCCCAGCCACAAGGAGCCCAGAGAAGACUUGAGAAAGGGAACAUUCUUCAAAGAGACCAUCAUGCCAUGCAAGAAGUGGAAUCUUGUGGCCAGUGUCAGUGCAGCCCUGGUGGUAGCACUCAUCAUAAUGGUCCUGACCUUCACGCUUCGAGGCAUCUCUCCAGGGUGUAAGGAAGAUGCUGUCUGCCGCCCCGAUGCUGACAUGCUAGAUUACCUGGCAAGUUUGGGCUACAUCAACCGCAAGGACGGGUUGCUGGUCACCUGGUUCCACAGAGCCAACAGCAAGAAGGAGAUGGAGGCUGCUCUAAGCAGUGAUGCCAUGGCCUUGGAAGCUGAUGUCACUGUGGAAGGGCUCAACACUGUCAACGAGACAGGGGUACCAAUCAUGGCCCACCCCCCGGCCGUCUACAGUGACAACACAGUACAGAAUUGGCUGGAGACUGUUCUGGCCUCUUCUCAGAAAAGCAUCAAAUUGGACUUCAAGAGCAUCAAAGCUGUGGGCCCCUCCCUGGACCUCUUGCGGCAGCUGACAGAAGCUGGCAGAGUCCGGAGGCCCGUGUGGAUCAAUGCGGACAUUCUGAAAGGCCCCAAUGUGCCCAUCUCCAUUGAGGUCAAUGCCACACAGUUCCUGGCACUGGUCCAGGAGAAGUAUCCUGAGGCCACCCUGUCGCUGGGCUGGACCACUCUCUACGUGCCACUGUCACCAAACAACACCUACACUCAAGCCAUGGUGGAGAAGAUGCAGGCACUGGUGGGAGAUGUACCUCAGAAGAUCACCUUCCCUUUGCGAGCGGUCAUGGUCCGGGCUGCCUGGCCUUACUUCAGCUGGCUACUUGGCCAAUCUGACAGGUACUCCCUGACACUGUGGCAGGGCAGCCAGGACCCUGUGUCAGUGGACGAUCUUCUCUACAUCCGGGACAACAGCGCUGCAAACCAAGUCUACUAUGACCUCUUUGAGCCAGUCUUGUCCCAGUUCAAGCAGAUGGCUUUGAACGACACUCGGAAGCGGACCUAUUACACAGGCAGCAGCUUGGUCCCUCUUCUCCAGCUUCCAGGGGGUGAUGGUCUGAAUGUGGAGUGGAUGGUUCCAGAAGUUCACAGCAGUAGAGGAACAACAAUUAGCAUCCCUGAUAGAGAAGGCAUGAUCCUGCUGGACGUCAGCCUGCAGAAAACUACAGCCAGAGACCCCGUGCCCACUGUGCUUGUCCCAGGUGGCACUGCUGUGACCCUGGAGUUGUGCCUGCUACAGUUGGCCACACGCCCUGGACGCUGGGGCAUCCAUGUGCACAUAGUGGAUCCUGCAGCCCUCUGGCCAUCCCUGACCAUCCUGGCACACCUCUCCACCCUUGGCCACCUGUCUCGGCCUGUGUGGGUAGGGGCUACAAUCUCACAUGGAAGUUUUGUGGCUCCCGGCUAUGUAAUUGGUCAAGAGUUGGUCACAGCUGUGGCUGAGGUUUUUCCCCAUGUGACCUUGGCGCCAGGCUGGCCUGCGGAGGUACUGGGAAGUGGCUACAGAGAGCAGCUGAUCACUGAUAUGCUGGAGCUGUGUAAGGGACUCAGGCAACCUGUGUCCUUCCAGUUGCAGGCCAGUGCACUGAGCCAGAGCCCAGAGGGAGUUGUGGCCAGGCUGCUGGCAUCCUCUCCCCAGGCCACAGUCACACUGCAGGCUAGCUUUGCUGGGAGCAGCUACGCAGCUGUGCGGGCAGGGUUGCUGGCGGCCAGGGCCGUGGACAAAACCCGAAUCUACUAUAGACUACCCCAGGAGUACCACAAAGACUUGCUGGCAGACUUGGGCAGGAACUGAUCUCCCAGCUGACCAGUGCUGAGCCAGCUGACCUCUGCAAGGGUCAAGGCUCCCUCAGGAAGGUGGGGAGGCAGGACAAAUAAAUACCUCUGCUUUUUUUUCUA